AUGAAGUAUCAGCGAUGGGAUUGUUCGAUCGAUCACCCAAUCUUAUCAGUCGAUUACACGUUGCUGCAUGAACCAAUGAUCGUCAAGCACGGUUAUAAAGAGGCGGCGUUCCUGGUUGCUCUUUCUUCUGCAGGGGCUGCAUGGAGCGUUGCGCGUGCAUGUGCGGAGGGUCGCCUGGCCAGUUGUUCCUGCAAUAUCGAUCAACAUGUGAGCAACCAGGCAUGGCAAUGGGGAGGCUGCUCGUACAGCGUCAAAUUUGGCCUCAUUACGUCACGGAAGUUGCUGACUCCAAAACACUCAUCGAAAACACACGACCUCAUGCGCAAAACAUAUCGACAUAACUUGAAGGCUGGAAGGGUGGCCGUAAAGAGGACUCUACGGAAAACCUGCAAGUGUCACGGAAUGUCUGGCAGUUGCCAGAUAAAGACUUGCUGGAAAACGACUGCUGAUUUAAGGAACAUUGGCACCCACCUCUGGCGGAAAAUGCAAACGGCAAGGUUCCUGUUGCAGAACAACUCGCCAAACGAUUCCCGUCACGUGGUUCAGAAGAUCAGGUCGAGUGAACUUGUGUACUUUGAGCAGUCGCCGAGCUUCUGUGACCGCAUAGACGCGAUCAAAACCCUGGGCACCAGUGGCAGGACGUGCAACAUCAGGAACGAGACAAAAAGUGUCGGUGAUUGCGACCUCCUCUGCUGCGGCCGUGGUUACUACCAGUACAGAGAGACGAGCAUCGAAAACUGCAGGUGUAAGUUUCAGUGGUGCUGCUACGUCACAUGCGAAAAAUGUAGAAGAACCAAGUGGGUCUCGAAAUGCCGAUGA